AAGCGUUUGGAUUGCGUUCGGCUAGGAGCAAACGGCAGCGCGUGUUAAGAAAUUAUAAUAAGAAACAGUGAGAACACAGCUAAAGAUAUGUAAAGAAAGAGUUCAUUAUCAAAAGUGACUACGAAAAGUGAACAGCAAAUGCAAGUGCAAGUGCAAGCGCAAGUGCAGUGAACCAGUCUCAGCGGACGGCGCCCUUGAACGUAAAUGCGUGCAGGAAUUUGCGUACGCAGAAACGCUAGCGGCAGCGGUGAAAAGCGUAGCGACAAAAUAGUAGUAGAUAUUGUAGUCGAGUGAGCAGCUCGGUUGGCCAAAAUGACGUGCUCGUUAAUUAAUUAACUAAUUAAGAAGUGAAUGAAAGAGAGUGAAAUAGGUGUAGUCCGAGGCCACAAACAAGAACUCCCAAAUCCGUAUUAAUAUGACAUCAUACGCAAAUGACACAACGGCAACGGCGGCAGCCACAACAACAACAACAACAACAGCAGCAGCAAGAAAUGCAGGAGGCGAACCGCCAGCAGCAGCCGCAACGCCAGCGUCUGCAGUCGGCGCAACUGCUGUGGUGCAGCUCAACAAGCAAAUGUCCAGCCACAACAACAACCAUAAUAACAGUGCUUACGAAGAGGACGACAACAACAGCUUGGAUGGGCGCGAGAAAGCCGACACGACGCCUGAGAACAUCAAGAAGAUUGCCGAGAUCAUAAACGACAAGGAGGCAGCGGCAGCGGCAGCGGCAGCGGCAGCAGCAGCGACGCCAAGCUCACUCUCGCCGCGACUUCAGCAGCAGCAGCAGCAGCAGCAGCAUGCGUCGAGCUUUGUAGGACUUGGCGCUGCCAUCGAUGAGUCAAACACAAAGUUCUGCCUUGGCAAGCCGCCGCCAUCGCCAGCCGAAAAAGCGGCUGUGCUGAGCCGAGCGAAUCACCAACAGAACAGCUGCAGCAGCAGCAGCGUCGGCAACAAAGAGAUCUCCGCUGCGGAGGAUGCGGAGGACGAGUCGACGGCAUCGAAUUCAACGGCAACAAAGCAAUCGCUGGCCUUCACCAUUGACCACUUUGACGCCUCGGAGAACGACGCGGCAGCGCAGGCCGCACGCUAUAAGAACAUGAUGGAGCGCUUUCAGAGUCGCCACAGGCGCGGCGCCUCCAUGUCCAAGCUGGAGAGCGAGCACGGCAGCACGGCGACCAGUGGCAACGGGCGCCACUCGCAGCGCAGCAGCCUUGACGCCAGCAGCGUUGCCGAUGAUGAUGCUUCAAUGACGGCGGCCACGCCCACGGCCGAAACGCCCGCCGUGAAGUUGCGUGUGCGCGAGCGCAGUGCCUCGCGUGUAAGAGACGCCUCCAAGCGGCACAGCUGGUCGCCGCGCAGCUCGGCCACAACAGAGCCAGCCGCUGGCCGCGCGUCCAACCAAAAGCCAAAGUCCACACAGCCAGCGGCGCCGCCGAAGGGCGCUGCCAAUCUGCUGGCGAAUCGCACCACACAGUUCACGCCGCGCUCGACGGCCAUGCAAAUGGCGCUGCAGCAGGUGGAGCUGCUGUGUCCGCAUCCGCCACUGGACGACAUGAAGGCAGCGGCGGGGGAGGAGGACGCGGUCAGCGAGGCGGGCACCUACACUCUAGAUGGCGAUAACUACACAGAGGAGCAGAAGGAUCUCAUGAACAUCGAUCGGAAUGCAGCCGCGGCUGCGGCAGCUGCCGCGGCCAAGCUGCGACCCAAGCAGCUGGCGCUGAAGCCCAGCCGUCCCAGCAAUGUGCUCGAAGUAAACUACUACCACGAGACGCCGCAGCAGGAGCAGAAGGGCAGCAGCACCAAUGCCAAUGCGACGGGCGCCUAUUUGGAGCAGCUCAAGUCGCGUGUGCUGCGGCCGCCUCAAACGCCUCCAACGCCGUCGUCGCCUCGAUCGCCGGCCGCCGAUGUGGGCUGCUUCACCAGCGUCACCACGAGCGGUGUGCUGGCCAAGCAGCGUGCCCUCGACACGCAUCCCAAGCUGACGCGCCACUCGCACAGUCUGUCCACCUCGCAGAUCGACAGCUCCGAGUACGUCAGCAACGAGGCGAAGUUGCGUCAUGCGCAGGCCAUGGCCGGCAGCGCUACAGAUCGCCAGAAGGCCGAGUACCGCCUGAAUGUGUUCACCACCAGCAACACACAGCAGCAGCAGCAUCAGCUGAAGGAACAGCUGCAUCAACUGCCCGAGACGCCAACGACGCCCACAGAGGCAGCACUGCUGCAGUCGGCGCCGACCAAGCAGGACUGGAUACAGGAGUGGGCGCGCAAUGCGCGUGCCCGCAGCCUGGCGCAGGAUGUGAGCAGCAGUUCCGCCAGCCGGAGAAAGCAGCAGCAGGCGCAGGCACAGUUGAUGACACGCAGCUACAACUGCUCGGACACAGGCGCGGACUCGCUGACGGAUGACAGUCUCAGCCUGUACAAUCAGCAGCAGCGUCAAUAUGCGGCGGCUGCCAAACUCAAUCGCAACCUGGCCGAGCGUUAUCGACUGCUGGGCGACUGUGACUACGCGAGCGAUCCGGCGCUGUGCAGCCAUGCUGGCCAGGUGGGUGGCGAGCCAUAUAAGCCACCGAAGAGCCCCAGUAAAAUACCCUCGCCGCUGCACACGCUGGGACGUGCGCGCAGUGCCAGCCGCUCCAGGCCGGCCAUGGAGCAGCUGCCCUCGCAGACACCGUCGUCGCGUCGCAGCUCGGUUAAGUCGCCGGCGGCACAGUGCAGUCCACAGCACAGCCUGGAAACGGGCUAUCAUCGAUCGCCGCUGCAUCGUGCACUCAUGACCAGCAGCAUCAACGAGGCCCAGCUUCAGCUGUUGACCAGCGGCGAGUAUUUGCUGAAGCAGCUGCAUCGACGCAAGAACUCGCUGGACGAUGUGGAGCACGAGCACGGCCAUGAGCUGCCGUCUUCGAUGUGCGGCGUAUCUGGCUCCAUAUCGCCACUGCGUCGAUCCAGCUCCUUCCAGCAGCAGCAGCGACCGCUGCAGUCUGUGCGACGGGCGCGUCCCAACUUUCAGAAUCUGUACACGCCGCCCGCGGCACGGCCCAUGCCGCAGCAACAGCUGCAGCUGCAGCUGCAGUUAAAGAAAUCCGCCAGCAGCAACAACUUUGAGCAGUCGUACAGCGACUACGACAACGAGCUACAGUACUAUAUAAAUGAUGAGGACGAGCUGGGUACCACAGGUCCCUACUACUCCAGCGGCGAUGAGGACGACGACAUGGAGCAGCAGUCGGCGGCACAGCAAGCGGACUCUACGGUGCCGCUGAGCAACACGCGCCUCAACAAGGCGCUGCUCAUGCGCAUCGAACGCAGCAAACAGCGCGUAGCGGGCAGUGGACCAGCAACUGGAACUGGAACUGGCCAGGGGCAAACGCCAUCCAAGCCCAGCUCAGCGCCCGCGGGCAAGCUGAGUGCAGCUGCCCAGGCGGCAGCCGGACUGAUCGCCUGCCCCAAUACGCCGGAGUUGCCGCGUCGCGGCAUCAAAAGCGCUCACGCACCACGCACAGCUUCCGGCUGCGGGCCCAAGUUGCGUCAGUCCAUGCCGCGCGAGACGAGUCUGAGCCGUUUGGCGCAGCAGGUGCCCAGCAGUCUGGCCAAUGCAAAGAAGCAGCUGCUGCAAACGGCCAAUGCGGGCAAUGUCCGGGAUCAGCAGCAGCGUGUGCAGCCCAAGUACCUGGACAUAUCCAAGUACAAGUCGGCGCAGUCCAACAAUUUUCUGCGCAAAAAUGAUGCCAAGAGCACGCUAAAGCCUGCCGAGCAAAUGAAGCGCAGCCCCAGCGCCUCCUCCAUGGGCCUAAGUCGAACCGAGGGCACACGCGCCAGCAAUCGCAGCGUGCGCUCAAACACCUCUGUGAUGAACAGCAGCACCACAUCGUUGGGUGGCGCCACAGGCAUGCGCGCCUCAUCCGCCGUGCGACGCGACGCCUCAGUGAACAAGCAGAAGGAGGCCGAAAUGGUCAUGUGGAAGCGACGCUCCACAUACGAUCCAAUGAAGGCAGCUGCCGAGGACAGACGCCGCAAGGAGGAAGCGCGCCGUGCCCAGACCCAGGCCCAGGCUCAGGCUCAGCGUCAGUUCAACGAUAUGGCCAACGAUGUGCCAUUCGAAAGUGUGCAGCGACCGGCCAACAAUCUGACCAUCACGGGCAGCAUAAACUACAGUCCAAGAAAUUCAGUGGAAAACGAUGCCUGGAUGCUUGGUGAAUCGUCGGAGUUUGGCGAAUAUCCCGAAGACUACGACGACGACGCGGAGGAGCAGGAGGAUAACGAAUAUGUGGCCAGGCAAGAAGACUCCGACGAUGUCUUCGAGGCGGAAACAGCGGAGACUACAGGCUAGGACAGCGGCCAGCAUCAUGUUAAACCAGCAACAGUGAUAUAUUAAAGCGAUUAUAUAUACAUAUAUAUAAAUAUAUAUACAUAUAUAUUUAUAUGUAAUUAACAAUUUAUGUAAAUCAUAGUAAGCGCAAUGCGAUUUAGUUAUAAUCUUUUCCUACAUUGUAACAACUUUGGGUUUGCAUACCACACAUUUGAUAUGAAAUGAUUUUGAUUUAUAUUAACUGAAGUUUACAAAUAUGGGUAGGGCAGAAUGAAUCUGUCUUGAAUAAAAUGAGUGAAUACUUUGCAGAGUAUAGUAAGACGAAUAUUAUUAUUACGAUGCUGUCCAAAACGCCAUAACUGAAAUAAGAGUUAAACAAAUUAUAUUUUAAACGGAACUGCAUAUAUGAAUUUUAAAUGAGAACUACAAUAGAAACUGCAUUCAACAUAUGAUCUAUGCUUAGUUUAAAGUUAAUAUACCAUAUAUAUUUCUUUCUCUGUUAUACAAAUGAUGUUCAACAACUAAAAGAUACUCAAAAAAAAAAACGAGCGGUGGCCUUAUAUCGCUAGUAAGUCCGAUAAGAACGUAGACUGCAAACAAGUGCUUGAAAUUAUAUCCUAAGAAUACGGAAUUGAUUUAACAACUGCGCUUUAAACUGAAUACGCUCCGGAUUUACUCGAUGUCUGCGCCGUAGCACGACAAACUCUCAGAAUGAACGAAUUGUUUGUAGAUUUUGUAUGCGUACACAAAGUAUAUUAAACACAAAAUGUCCAUACAUAUAUAUACUAAAUAUAUGCAUGGAUUAAUAUAAUAAUAUAUAGUUUUUAUAAAAUAACGAGUACGAGUAGGAUAUAUACUCAUUUGGUAUUUGCUUUUAAAACGCCCAAAUUGUUUAAGUAUUUUUAACGUUUACGUGCAGCUUUCAAUGCUUUCAAGCAGAAUCAACUGAAUAUGACUUAAUCUAAAUAGAUCUAGAUUAUUAAAAUAUCAACUAACUAUUGUAAUUCAUAAUGGUGUCGGUGUCCAUUUUAUCAGCCACUGAACUUUCAAGUCACAAAUUGAUGUAGCUGCUACUUGAUUUUAAUGAUAUGUUUUCAAUUCAAACCGUCUACAAAAAAAUUGAUAAUUUUUGUGAAAUUCAAACAAAACGUAUGUUGUACAAUUUGUUUAUUGUUGUUUUAUUUCUAAAGGCAAAAAAUAAAAUGCGACUAUUAAAGCUGAAAAAAGCUAAUUCUGUCCAAUAUUCCUUAAA